AUGGAUUCCACAACGUACGUUGUCCAUCUAUCUCCGAGUAUACUCCUUUACAUCGUCUCUAGCGUAUUGAUCAUGUUUGUCUGGUAUUACAACAGGUCGGCAUUCUCUGUAUUGCCUAUUAUGGGCUACGCAUUGCUGGCCAUCGUGCUCGCCUACCUCAGUAUUCGAGGGUAUAGGUACCUAAAAUCGAGGGCACAAACCUCGGUCUCUCUCCCCAAGCCGGUCUCUGGAAGUUCCCAUAAAUCCACUUAUGCCUUGGGUCGUUCCACGGGAUGGAAUUGGAGGCGAUGGAUAUUACCACGUGUUCCGUCAUGGCCCAAAGUUCCAGAGGUCGUAGUAGGAAAGGCUAAGGCAGUAGCCCACUCAAAAAACCUGAGUGUUGAGUUGUUACCGACGACUGGUCUGCCACCUCCCCCGACGGCCUCCCCAACCCCUAUUGCUGCAGUGACAAUGCCUACCCCACAGCUUGUGGAUCUAACUACACCUGCAACACCACCCCUAACGACUGGAACUACUUUUAACUCUUAUCCAACGUCGCCACGAACACCAUCGCCUCCUUACAUGCCGCAUAUAAGCACAUCCAAACUUAUUUAUCCAACCCCGCCGCAUGCAUCAUACCCUCGUCCACCUUCCCCUCAUGGUAUUUUUGCAACAACCAUUCAGAAACCCCACCGUAGGAGUAGAAGUCUUGGUGGCGUUCCUGUCCGACGCCUUUCAGGAGGUACCUCUGGAUUGCGAAAUGCUAUUGAACUUAAAGAACUGUCUGGAGACCACAAACGAGGAACUAGUCGGGAGCAUCUUCUCAUCGACUUCAAUUCUUCGAGCUCAUCGGAUGACGAUAGAGAAAGCAUUAUGAAGAUAUCUCCGGCCGCAUCAGAUAUUGGCAUCCUUCCACCAGGAAAAGGCUUGAUGCCUUUGGUUGACCCGCGAAUGGUCGGGAGACAUGUCCCCCUUGUAGAUCUAGGGGAUGACAACCAUUUCUCGUCCCAGGUAGAACAUGAAGACGAUAGUUGGCGGUGGUUUAAUCCCUCUGGCGUCACGACACCAUUGGCUGACAGGAUUGGGACCAGUAUUUUGCGCCCCAAAUCAUCACUCGCGACCCUUCGUGUUGAAAAACUGGUGGAUGUGGAUAGCGAGAGUGAUUCCGAGCCGGUCUUGGGAUCCAACCCUAUUGGGAUUCAUCGCGUGGAAGUUCAGACAACUCAGAUAGAAAAGCUCAUUGAUAUCCACCCGCCCAAAGAGGAAGUCAAAGUCAAAGAAGCCACUCUAGUUGAUGUUGACGACUAUACCUCAGUCGCAGAUGGUACUCAAAAUCAGGGGCAGCUUGUGGACGUUGAAAGCCUUGGAAACACGUUGGAGCCAAUACAUAGCUCACCCCCACCCUUCCCGAUCCAAACAUCCAUCCUCAUGAAAGCCACCCUCCCAUUACCUCAAGAAACUUUGACUCUCGCCGAAAGUCCUUUUGCGAACCCUCUGGCACGUGCACAGUCACCUACUGUCGAAAAUCAGGAUCAAAUUUCUGUAGUUUCUAAGAAUCCUGGUCUUCUCGUUGAACAUGCGAACGAAGAACACGAACUUUACCACUCCGAGAGUAAAACCUCUAGCCCUCUUUCCGAAUUCAAUUAUAUCUCCGAAAGUACGUCGAAAGGGGCCGAGGCAGAAGAUUUAGAGAGUGGAAUUCUUUCUCAUGACGGAUGGGAAUGGGACCUACCUGGCCACAGUGACCCUUGGGCAAGCCAUAUAGCAGAGACCCCGUCGCCCAGCUCAGAGGUAUUCGUGUAUACUGGAUUGGACGCCGUAGAAAGGGAGGGACAUGAACCGGAUGUUUUGACAUUGGAUACAUCCCUUCCGUCCGCAGGGUCUGAUUUGGAGUCCGAAGGGUUUAAGUACGACGCGGAAGUCUUAGAGAAGAGUCCGGGCGCAUCCUUGCUUCCGACGGAAUUGACAGAGGAAGACGAGGAAGAGAUGCCAUCUCUUACCUUGAGUGACGACUUAGAAAACCCUACACCAGAUCAUGUCGACUUCAAUCUAAGCGAACAUAUACUGUUGGAUGAAGAACAAGAUCUGACUCCAAAACCGACACCUUCCUCUUUAGAGCUCGCCCUUCCUGCUAUGCCUGCCGAGGGUGUUAUGCUAUCGGAGGACUAUCCUGAUCCAGAAUUGCUUCCCUUGCCCGAAUCGCCAUUGCUGUUGACAAUUGACAUCCCUGAUCCUGAAACUCCUAGCCUCGCCUUCGAGAAAGAUGAACCUGUGGAAAGGGCCAUGCCAUGCCAAACCCCUACACCCCCAGCAUCACCUCCGCCCAUCUCGCCGUUGCGAUUUGUCAACAGUUCUAAUGGUUCAAACGUCUUUCAUCUGUCUCCCCAUGCCACCACACAAAGUAUGUCACACUUGCAACUCCCCUCCUCGCCCCGAUUGUCUGUUUCCACCGGGCGUUCCCCUCGAACUUCUUCAAGUCCAUCGCUCCAUGAUAUUGAAGAAAAAGAAAACGCAACGCCAACUGCAUUGAGUCCCAAAAACCCAAAAUCAAUCGUUGCCCAGGAUGUGCAUGUUACCCUUGCAUCAAAGGGUGGUAACACACAGGAAAGUCCGGUUUUACACAGAAGGAUUUUGGGCGACCAUAUUGCUGACGAAGUCGAAUCGAAGCAAAGUGAACCGGCCACGGACGAUGUAGUUGUACACAAUGAGAUGACACCUGAAUCAUACUCGCUUCCAGAGACGGACAUAGCAAAGGCUGUGCAGCACGUGCUUGCAGUCAAGCUUUCUUCCAAUUUCGACGAGACACCACUCCCGGGCUCAUUCCCGGAUUCCAAACCAUUUGUUGAAGUAUCUACGCCUAUUUCCAAACCCGACACUUCUGCUACAUCUACCACCAUCGGCGCCCGGCUUGCCAUGACUUCUAACUCUCUGACGCCACGGCCAUCUGCACGCGCUCUUGUUCGCUCUCCUGUCGAUAUCGCGUUGGCGAUGCAGCUUCGCCCCGGACUCGGUGCUGGCGCAGACCCAGCGUGGAUGGUUCGCUUUUUGAUGGCAAUGUUUGGCUGGCUCGCCGUCGUCGUUUCGGGUCAAGUAGAAUAUUAA